GUUAUUCUUUGUCAAUGGAAUGUAACGAUCGGCAUAGUCAAAGUGUAAGCUUGAAGAGAAAGUCACCAGAAAAUAGAGAUCAUAUACUCUUCAACAGUUUUUCUAUGGAUGACCUUAAUCAAGAUCUCUUUGAAAGGGUGCUUUCAUGGUUACCAACUUCCACAUUCUUUCGCCUAACUUCUGUGUGCAAAAGAUGGAAAUCAGUUGCUGCUUCUGCUAGUUUCAAGCUUGCUUGCUCUCACAUUCCUUCAAGGGAUCCUUGGUUUUUUAUGGUUGCUCCCAACCUCAACCAAUCUGUUAUUUUUGACUCUGCUGAAGGUACUUGGAAAAGGCUAAAUCACCCACCUUUUCUGCAAGAAGAAUGUAACCAUAGUUGCAUGCCAGUUGCAGCUUCUGGGGGCUUGAUUUGCUACCAAAAAUUAUCAGGAAACUUCAUUGUAAGCAAUCCUGUGACAGGAUCUUGUCGACAACUCCCUCCACUGCAUUUUACCUCAGAACAUCAACCUCUCAAUGCCAUUGUGAUGAGCACAACUUCCAAAGACCAAUUCUCCUUCAAAGUUGUCCUAGUUGUUGGUGAACUUCCAAAUCUCUUGUUUAAGGUCUACAAUUCAAGUUCUGGCUGUUGGGAAGGUGAGAUUGCACUGAGGAGAAAGGUUGAAGACCGUAAUUCAGUGGAAUAUGAUUCAACUGAUGACAAUGUUGUGUACUUCCUCAGCAAGGCUGGAAUUGUGGUGGCAAGUAACAUGCAGAGAAGCCCAUCUAAGCAAUAUUCAUCAGUUAUCACUGACAAAGAUGGUCAAGAGAUUGUGUAUUUUGUUAGCUCCUCAGGGAAAGUUGUUGCUUGCAAUUUGACAUGCAAGUGCUUCUUCGAGUAUCCCAGGUUGUUGCCUGUUUUUAGUGAGUAUUCCAUUGAUGUUGUGGAGUGUAAUGGGGAGAUGCUUGUUGUUUUGUUAUCAGAAUUCUUGGAAACUGCAAGUCUUAGGGUAUGGAAAUAUGAUGAGGCUAAUAGAUGUUGGCAUCAGAUUGCAGCAAUGCCUGUAGCAAAUUCUCAUGAGUGGUAUGGAAAGAAAGCAGAUAUUAACUGUGUUGGAGCUGGUAACCAUAUCUUUAUAUGUUUGAACUCCUCUGAGCUAUGUACUUAUAUUAUGUGUGAUUUGGAGACCAACAAAUGGGUUGAAUUGCCAAACUGUUGCAUAAAUGGCCAAGUCAUGGACUUCAUGUCUGCCUUUUCAUUUGAGCCUAGGAUAGAGGCUUCUGUGUGAUAGUAAUCUUGACUUUGAUUAACAUAUUUUUUCUGUU